AUGGUUCUUUUGUUUCGCUUUUUGCCAGGUACCACAUCUAUGCCACAGAUCAAAUUGGCAGACGAAUUCAGCGUCAGAAUUGAAGUUGUAGCCCAUGAAACCAAUCGCGUGACAAACAUUCGAAUGUUCUACAGCUUAUCGAGAAAUCAAAUCAGACUGUCUAUUCUCGACUCAGGUCUUAAAUCUGAUAUGUACUUCUAUUUCGAUGAUAAUGAAAUUCUGACAUUUGAUUAUUCUGUAGGCAGGGGAAACUGUACAGUCAACCCCGACCUUGCUAACGCCGCAGACACUUUCAUUGUUGGAGGCACUAAAGAUAAACGUGUAAGAGAUGCUCUAGGGGUGCUUCAUUUUACAGGAGCUUCAGGGUUUGGGGACCAGAUUCAAACAGCAUACCUGGGCGUUCGAUCUAUUAGAGAUAUGGACGUCGAUGCCUUCACCUCUUGCCAAAAAUGGUCAAUGCCUGGAGGCUCAGCUGUUGUCAAUGUCACCCACUACUUUUCAAACAAAACCUGGUCAAGACCGGACCCACAGAACGUACCUGUGGCCAUUGAGUUACAUGGAUCUGCAGUUAUACACAACCAGAUUUCUCAGAUUGACCACAUGUACAAUUAUUUCGACUUUCAGACGUCGAUUGAUGCCACCAUCUUCGAGACCCCACCAGGAAUUAUCUGCAUUGGAAGAAAUAUGGAUGCUGCGUUUCCAAACCUGCCAACAUAUAUCAAAUUUUCUGGUGAAAUUAUCAACGGUGUUGAAAACGAUGUCAGUCGAGAUCAUUUAUUGGGUAUGUUGCUAUUGCAGGAGAUCUACGACUCCGACGAUGAUUUCGUGAUCAUCAGAACUCAGUCUGAGCUUGCUUAUGGAACACAGGGCGGCAUGAAUGAGUUCACGUACAUUAGAGACUACGUUUCAGGUUUGCCAUUCCAUCUUUUAAUAAUACAGAAUAAGAAUGUGGAGCAGUGGUGUGCUAUACAGAACAUUACGGCGGCAGAUCCCUUGCCUGUCGACUACAUCAAUCCACAGGGCAAGGUUACGGAUGUGACCCCCCAACAGCUUUUCUUUGCGGAUAGCACCGAGUAUGAGUAUCUUGGUGAGAGAAACAUCAGAGGAAUCCUAGCAGAUACAUGGGUAACGAGAACUACCAUACCUGCCUUUCCGAAUCAGGUCUCCACAGUGGAAUGGUACUUCGCAAAGACUGACGUGACCUCAUGGAAUGACGGGUCACAGGAAUACAAGACAGGACAAUUCAGAAUGCCAGUUUUGCUACGGGUGUGGCGUGAUGAUACAACUUUGACGAGCAUUGACACAAAUAUCUACCACGUGGACUUCACUAGAAUCAUGUAUGGGGUUCUGGAUAUAAGGAGUUGCUACCCAGACAGACCAAGCAACCACUUCCAGAUCAUACUCCAGGAAUUUGAAUUACUGGAUGCACCACCUUAUGCCAGUGACAUCAGUGGUCCCAUUUUCCAGUCUAUCAGCUUGCAGCAAGCUGCGCAAAAACUCAACGCUUCGGUCACAAGUGGCAAUUUGUCCAUUUACGUGUGGAACCCUGCUACACAAAAGAUAGACAAGGUAAGUCCUACAUCCACAAUUGUUUUUACACAAUAUUUGAAUAUACAAUCAGACUGUUGCUGGUACUGUCGUAAUUUAAACUCUGCGCUUGCUGCUGAAGAUAAGAACGAAGCGCUUAUGGGAGUGUCUUGA